CUCUACAGACAGAAGAAAGAAUCUCUUAUCCUCUCUCUCUCUCUCUCAUCUCUUUCUCUCUCUAUCGGCCAGUUUUAUCCGAUCCUCCGUUCUGCUUGUCGGUCCUUCGAUUCCUUUCUUUUCAUUCCCUUCUUCCACUCUCUCUCUCUCUUUCUCUCUCUCUCUCUUCCGUUUGCUGGUUUCGAUCCUUCCUGCUCUGAGAGUUGCCUCUCGCUUUGGAUGUAAUUCCAGUCUGACUUGCACGCGCACGCCACCUGCCCGCGGACGGAAUCUUGGGUCGGGUUUCGCGCGGCUUUCCGGUCCGGCGAUCGGAGGCGGGAUUCGGCAUCGGCGACUGGUUUCUCGCUCGAGACUUUGGUAGAGGAGGCAUGGGGUCAUUACAAGGACCGGUUAUUUGUCCCACCGUCCGUGCGAAGCAAGCUGGUGCCUACACUGUCCCUGUGACUGCCCCGCUUACGAAGCCUAAGCUUCUUAGAAGCGAAAUUUGGGGAUGCAGGGGAUCUUUUAGAGCUAAAACCAAAGCUGCAGCUGUUACUCGCCUAUCAAUUGCUCGAAGAGGCAGGGCGCCACGGUGCAGCUUCAGUUCGUCCUCGGACGGUAAUGGAAGCACUGCAGAGAACUUCAAUGAAAAUGAUGAAGACUAUGUCAAUUCCAGUAUUGUUGAAGCUGUUGAGGUGAAGAGUGGGGCAGAAGGUUUCACCAUUAAAAUGAGGGAUGGGAGGCACUUAAGAUGUGUCCAUAACAAUCCUCAAGGGGGACAUCUGCCCGAUUAUGCUCCGCAUCCUGCUAUUGUCCUAAAGAUGGAAGAUGGGACUGGUCUUCUCCUCCCUAUAAUCGUUUUGGAGAUGCCAAGUGUUCUUCUCAUGGCUGCUGUGCGGAAUGUUCAAAUUGCUAGACCAACUUUAUAUCAAGUGGUUAAGGAAAUGAUUGACAAGAUGGGUUAUGAAGUCAGACUUGUCAGGGUCACUAAGAGAGUUCAUGAGGCAUAUUUUGCUCAGUUGUAUCUUACAAAGAUGGGCAACAAAUCAGAAUUUGUCAGCUUUGAUCUCCGACCUUCAGAUGCCAUCAACAUUGCAGUAAGAUGCAAGGUGCCAAUACAAGUGAACAAAUAUUUGGCUUACAGUGAUGGAAUGAAAGUAAUUGAGUCUGGCAAGCUUUCGGCACAGACCCCUGGAUCAGAUGGGUGGUUGUUCACAGAACUUGAUAGGCCCAGUGGUCAGCCAUGCAUUGAAACGAAAGAGUUUGAUCUGGUGCGCAACAUGCUCAUAGCUGCAGUGGAGGAGCGCUACAGAGAUGCUGCUCAAUGGAGGGACAAACUAAGCCAGCUGCGGGCUAAAAGAAACUUCACAUGACAGGUAAAGAUGUAGCCAUGAGCUCAAACUGUACAUAGACAUUAUUCGAAUCCAAUGAGGACGCCAUUUCGAGUGAUCCAUUGUGUCUGCUCCCCCUGCCUUCUCUGUAUGUAACUAUAUCUGUGAAUAUAUGUAUAGAGACGAACUCCCCAACUGUUAAUGCUACGGUAAAUGCGAAAGUUGGUCUAUUGAAGUCAAUAAUCCAGGCUUGAAAUCCAUUUA